UAUAACACAGGCAUUGUCUAACCUAAUUAUUUAAUGAUUCACAAGAAUCAAAUCUUUGUGAUUCAACCGAUUAACUCUAUCUUUCUCACCUCAUUCACAUUUUGAGUUUGAAAAUAUUUUUUUUUUUAAGGCACGAUAAUAGGCAUUGGUGACUGAUAUAGAAGAAUCAUUUUAACCUCAAAUUUUAGUAAAUUUAAAUAUGAAUGAUGAUAAUGUGUUCAUUCACUAUUGCUGAUAACAUUAUUGGUUACAAGUUGUAAAUUUCAAAGAAAGUUAAUGUUUCAGUGUAACUUAUGUUAAUCACUAACUAUCUUAAAUUAUUUAAUGUUUUUAAAGUUUUUAAGUUGGUAUUAACAUUUUUUGGGUAAAUUACAAAAUGCCAGCAUUUAGAAGUGGAAUAUCCGAAACAUUACUAGGAGAAUCUGAUCAAGAUGCUAACUCUGCUCUUAUAGAAUUAGAUAAAGGUCUUCGUUCCAAUCGUGUUGGAGAACAAUGCGAAGCUAUUGUACGUUUUCCUAGAUUAAUAGAAAAAUAUCCAUUUCCCAUUUUAAUAAACUCUUCAUUUUUAAAAUUGGCAGAUGUUUUUCGAUUAGGUACAAAUUUUUUGAGAUUAUGGGUUUUACGAGUAUGUCAGCAGACUGAAAAGCAUAUUGAUAAAAUAUUAAAUAUUGAUGAAUUUGUCCGUAGAAUUUAUAGUGUGAUGCAUUCUAAUGAUCCAGUAGCUAGAGGACUUACAUUACGUACUCUAGGUAGUGUUGCACGUAUUAUUCCUGAAAGAGGUCAAGUUCAUCACAGCAUACGAACUAGUUUGGAUUCUCAUAAUGCAGUUGAAGUAGAAUCGGCUAUUUAUGCUGCUGCUCAAUUUGCAUCCCAAUCUAAAUCCUUUGCUGUUAGUAUGUGUAGUAAAAUUUCUAAUAUGAUCCGUGGUAUAUCUACCGAUGUUGUUAUGAAACUAGAGUUGAUACCAAUUUUAAAACACAUGCACCAUGACACAGCUACUGCUACUAUGGUUAGAAUAUUGUGUACUGAUUUAUUAGAAAAAUAUCCAGCUCAAGAUUUUGUUCUUGUAACAUUGAAGACUCUAAAUCAAUUAGCUUUAUCAAUUUUAGUAGAUGUGCCAAAGCAGAUAGAACUAUUAUUGAAGUAUUUAAGUCAGGACAAGCGUUUUUUAGUAUGUAAAUGUGCUAUAUCUUGCUUACAUCAAAUAGCUAAAGAAGGUGCUCAUUUUUGGUCUGAAGAAGCAGUUAACAAAUUAGUAUCUUUUUGUGAGAAUUCAUGUAUUGAUAAUACUUUAAAAGCUGAUGCCAUUAAUAUAUUUGUUCCAUUAACUAAAUCUCCUGUAGUAUGUCAAUUUCAUCAUAAUACUAAAAGUCCACUCAUGAAGAUGUGUAUUUCAGAAUCAAGUUCAUCGCAUCAAUCAGUUGCUGGUAAUUCCAUAAAAGUAUUAACAAAUAUAGCUUGUUACUGUUAUGAAGAGGAAACCUUAUCUGAUAAAGAUGCUAGUAUAUUACAGGUCUGUAUUGAAAAUUAUCUUCUUACAAUUUUAUCAUCCAACAAAGGAAUGGAUGAAGAUUUAAAAGAUUUUAAUUCUGAAGAUCUUUUUCUUAUAGAAAAUAUUUUAAAAUCUGAUAGUUCUGAACCAAUGGAUAUUGAUGAUAAUACUUCUAUUUCUAAUGAGAAAUCAUUAGUUUACCUACGUGAUGCUUUACGGUCAUCUGUAAUAAUGUGCAAGGCCAACAAAAAUUUAAUUAAAAAGUUUACAACUCUUGUUAUUAAGCCACUUCAUCUAGAUAAAUCUGAAUUAAAUCCAUUAGUUUGUGAAGCUAUUGCUGCAUUUGGUGGUAUUUUACCUGGUACUUUACAACCAUUUUUACCACUUUUUAUUAAAAAAUUAAGAGAUAUAAUAAAGAAUAAUAAUGAUGGUUUUAUUUCAACAAAAAUUAUGUUGUGUACAGUGAUAUUUCAAGCUACUGCUGGUUAUAAUGAACAUGAUAAUGUAAAAAAUGUUAUAAAUGAAGUAAUAAAAAAUACAGACUUGUGGUCUAAUUAUAGAAUUGGACGUGCAGCUUUUAGGUAUGGUCAUUUUAGUAUUAGUUCCCGAAUAUUUGAAAGCCUGAACAAUAGAGUUAGUUCUGAACAAAUGCAUUUUUGGUUAGCAGCUUUAGAGACUAUAAGUGUUGCAGAAUCUCAACUACAAUGUUCCAACUCUUCUAAGUUACUAGCUAAUGUAGGUAAAUCAAUUUCUACAUAUUAUAGAGCAAUAGCUGCAUUGAAAGCUGCAUCUUUAAUGUUGAUUUUUCAAACAGAGUAUACUCGUUUACGAUGUGAGUUACUCCAAUGUUUCAUGCGGUUACUGUCAACAUGCAAUAGUUUUUGUACAACUCCACCUCCAGCAAUAGCUUCUGCUAUUGUACUUGCAACAAGGGACGAAAUGCAAAGUUAUGGUCACAUAACAAAUCAAUUGAGGAAAAGAGCUAAAGAGUUUAAAGGGUGUGCAGAUUUAUAUUGGCGUCUAUACCAAUCUGCUUUUGAUGCAGAUCCUAAUACUCUGUACCAUUUACAGCUUUUACAACAUUUAUGUUUAUUAGUUGCAUAUAAUGUUGAAUCUGUUGCUGUUUCCAGUAAGUGUGAGUGUCCAGUUUUAGAUUCUGAACUGGAAAAAGAAGGAUCAUUGGAAAUCCAACUAAUUAUAAAAUGUAGACAAGAACUAUUAGAAAUAAUGAGUACUGCUAAACCAAAAGUUAUUACUCAUCAACAUAUCCAAUCUCUUAAAAAGCAAGCAUCUCUUGUAGUAUCUAUGCCAAUGUGUUUUCCUCGAUACUUUUUUCAAACUUUACAGUCAACUACCAUAACUCUUGCUGUAUCUCCUCAGCCAAGAGUUAAUGGAGAACCAAUUACAGUAAAUAUAGGUAGUAAUUUUGUAGUUAAAGUAGAAGGUGUUGUGCAACAUGGUACAAAAACGAAAUUUCGUAAAGUUGAUGGUAUACAAUUAACUGUUAUGUCUCAAUUGGUAACAAGAAAUCAUGAAACACGACAAGUAGAAGGGAAUUUAAUGUUAACUCAAACCGUAAAACCACAUAAAGAUUUUUUUUCAUCAGAAUUUUGUUUAAGUUUUAACCAAGGGAGCCAGCACCAGGUGCAUAUUGAAGCAGCAUUAAUUGAUGAUAUUGGUUCAGUGUGGCAAAUAGGUGUACGUAGCACAUUAACUAUAAAAUGCCAUUAAAAAAAACGUUAAACUAUAUUUUAUAAUAUAACUUAUGUAAUUAACAUUAGUUAAUAUAACCUUCACCACUUAAAUUUUAAGUAUAAUUUCCUUGUAAAUAAUAUAUUUUAAUACAUUAACUAAUAAUAAAUUUGUGAUUUGUAUA